GCCGCUUUGCCAAACUCUUCUUCACCAUAGCUUUGAGAGCCUUCUGCCAAAAGCCUUGUACUUCUUGGUUAGCCGACACCUCUUGAAUUUUAGACCUUUCUAGCUAGCUCCCAACUCUCUUGGAAAAAAAAAAUGCCUCUAACCAUUUUUCUAGCAUUUCUUCUGGCCUUCUCUGUCGUUCAAUCCCAAGAACUCAGCCCCACAAAGAUAUUUCUUUUGGCUGGGCAGAGCAACAUGGCUGGGCGUGGUGGGGUUAACAACGACACAUGGAACAUGAUAAUCCCCCCAGAGAGCACCCCCAGCCCUUUCAUUCUACGACUCAGUUCAAACGAGACCUGGGUUGUAGCUCAUGAGCCUCUUCACAAAGACAUCGACGAUACAAAGGUCUGUGGAGUUGGACCGGGCAUGCCUUUUGCUCAUGAGGUUUUGGCGGAGGACCCCAACUUUGGGGUGAUUGGUCUUGUGCCCUGUGCCAUUGGAGGGACUAUGAUCGCUGAAUGGGCCAAGGGUUCUGAUAAUUACAAGAAGUUGGUGAAAAGAGCUGGUGCUUCCUUGAGGAGUGGUGGCAAAAUCGAAGCACUUCUAUGGUAUCAAGGGGAAUCUGAUACUCUUCAUCAAACCGAUGCCAAUAUGUAUAAAGAAAGGCUCUAUAAUUUCUUUACCAACAUCAGAAGUGAUCUGAACUGUUCUAAUCUCCCUAUAAUACAGGUGGCUCUAGCUUCAGGUUAUGACAGCACUCUAGAAGAAAUUGUUAGAGCAGUUCAGCUGGAAAAUGACCUCCCAAACCUACAAAUCGUUGAUGCAAAAGGUUUGCCACUUGAAGGAGAUAAUCUACACCUGUCAACCCCAGCCCAGGUUCAACUUGGAAAAAUGUUGGCUGAUGCAUUCCUUAACAACUUCCCAAAGCCCAUCCAGUGACCACAACUGAGUUCCUUUGCAACCUUUUUUUUUUUGGACGAUGGUCUACUUAAAAUUUGAUUAUCUUAA